UUGGUUCAGACAGUUCAUAAAAGGAGAGUUCGUACUUUUCGUUUUUCUUUCUGUAUGAGCUGUCCUAAUUGUGGAGGUACUCAAACAGACAUCAAUGAGCUAGACGGAUCUACAUGUUGUCUUCAGUGUGGCACAGUCAUUGACGAUGCACCCUUUAGGACAACGCUCGAUGAAACAACAGGCCGUUUUACUGCCCGAGAAGCAAAGGAAAAGAAAACAGUGCUAUUAGAUAACUUUCUGAAAGCAGCAGCCUUUUUUGAGCUUCCUGAGGACUUGAUCGCAAGAGGAAAAGAGUUGAUUAAGGAACAUAAACCUAAAUUGAAAACAAUUCACCCGAGAGAAGUUGCCGUGUAUAUAGUUUAUGCUGUCAGUCAUCAAUGGAAACCUUUUUGGAAUUUACAGGAUUUUGUUCAAGUCUAUCCUAUUCCACUCGAUAUUCGCUAUAUAAAUAGUGCUCAUUCAAUUAUCAAUAAGGAAGGACAGAUUGUCAAAUGGAGAACACCACAACAAGAUCUAGAAGGGUUUAUUCUUCGUCUUUAUCCCAUUAUUGUCAAACAAGUAUACAAAGAUAGUCCUAAAAUAGCAAGAUCAGCCUUGACUCUACCAAAUUUGAAAGAAAAGACCCGUGCUAUACUGGAUUUAGCUGGGCGCUAUAACCUGAAUACAGGCAAGAAAGCACGUCCCUCUAUUACAGCGGCAGCUAUGAUUGCAGGUCUUUGGAUACGAGUCACUAGUUUGAAUCACAAGAAGAGAAAGACGAGGCCUAUAUCUGCUUUACGUUGGUUCAAUUACUCUGAAUUUGUACCCGUCGUCCUUUUUGGAAGAGGAUGCUUAAGUUCUCGGUUGGAUGAAUAUCUCGAGUUUCUAUAUAUCUGUGCAACUUAUAUACCCUGGAUAAAGAAUUUGGAAAAGAGGUUUGUUCAUUAUCAUCUACAAGAUAUCUUGCAACUGUAUGGAUCAAGCAAACCUGCAUGGACAUUAACAUUGGAUCAUUAUGAAAUCAAGAGUUUCCGACGCUCCAGAGAAGCAAGGGAACAAAUGGAAAGAUGGGUUACUCUUGCCCAGUCUCACUUAGAUCAAGAUACACAACCAAAAGAUUGUGACUCUUUAGAGUAUUGUAUAUUCAAACUACUUCAAUUUGGAUUCGAAGAGUAUCAAAUUAUCCAUUACAGUCAUGGCUAUAUUCGUAACAUGGCUCAUUGUCUAACAUUGCGUGAUACUCUGGAUAGUUAUCCUAAGCAAAAGGAUUUGGAAAAAGCCAGUUUAGAUGAAAACGACAUGAAUGAGCAAGAAGUAGCCUUGUACCUGAACUAACUGAAUAAAAGUAGUGGGAUGUAAACGGGAAAAGUUUACGUAAUUUGACCAACUCCGGUUUUGCAUUUAAAGGGCCUAUAUUUUUUUUCCCGCUUUUUUCUCUUUUCUUUUAUUUCU